AUGGGAUUCGGGCCUUUCCGUUGGGUGUGCACCUCUCAAGAACCUGACGAUCUUGCGCAAACAGAUCGCAUAUCGUGUGAGGUGAUCGAAAAUCUCCUGAAAACGAAAGUGCCAGAACAUGUACUGCAGCAGUACACAGACAACAAGAAGUGGAUUGAAGGUGCAGCGGAGAAUCGUCUCGUGGUCGGAAGUCAAGCUCGAAUCCUCUAUUCUGACCAAGAAGGGCGGAUUGCCCUCGCUUUGGCAUUCAACGACGCUGUCCGAAGCGGAAGAGUGUCUGCACCAAUCGUCAUAGCAAGGGACCAUCAUGAUGUCUCAGGAACUGACUCGCCGUUUCGCGAAACAUCGGACAUCAGCGACGGUGACUCAUUCCGCGGCGCCACAUGGGUGUCAUUGCACAACGGAGGCGGAGUCGGAUGGGGUGACGUGAUCAACGGAGGCUUCGGAUUACUUCUCGACGGAACCGAGAAUGAGAAGCUUUGCGUCACGAUUCCUAAUGAUGCCGACGACUCUCUUCUCGAUCAACUCUUCUAA